AUGGGAGGUGACGAAGAUAAAGACAAAGGUUUUUUUGGGUAUCCACCCGCUGGAUACCCGUCGGGCCAUGGGGCUUAUCCACCAGCUGGAUACCCACCACAUCAAGCUUACCCUCCUCCUCCACCACCACAUGGUGCCUACCCACCUGCACCUGGUUAUCCUCCGGGUGCUUACCCACCUCCACCUGGUGCCUACCCUCCUGCUCCUGGCUACGGUGGUUAUCCUCCUGCGCCUGGUCAUUCUGGUUAUCCUCCUGCUGGCUAUCCUGCUCAUCACUCAGGACACGCAGCUGGAAUAGGGGGUAUGAUUGCAGGUGCUGCAGCUGCCUAUGGAGCUCACCACAUAGCUCAUAGCUCUCACGGCCCUUACGGACACGCUGCAUAUGGUCACGGAUUUGGCCAUGGUCAUGGUCCUGGCUAUGGUUAUGGUUAUGGUCAUGGUAAGUUCAAGCACGGGAAGUUCAAGCAUCAUGGAGGCAAACAUGGGAGGCAUGGGAUGUUUGGAGGAGGUAAGUUCAAGAAGUGGAAGUGA